AUGCGCGACUUGGAUAGCGCUUCCACGACGUCCGGACUGACAGAAACCUUACACCGCCGCAACCCGACGCUCCCUUCGCUUUGUUUGACUCCUUCGGCAUCGCCGGUCCCGUCCCGCGCGCCUUCGCCCGCGCCACCGGAUAUAACCACUCCGGCACCGCUGCCCAAUCUGGCACCUCAGCGCCGAUCCUCGAAUCCUAUGUCUCGUCUCACGGGUCUCUUCAAAACAUCUUCACCACGGUCGCCUGUGUACGACCGCUUCGAGAACGGACUUGGGAGCCCGGGAGGAAGAGGAAUGGCUCGCAGUGGAGCGUGGAAGAAAUGGGCAGUCGGCCUAUUUGUAGGCACCGUACUUCUAUGGGCUGUAACACCAGCAGAAAGGCGACCAGCAUGGGCCGGUCCCGUCUCUGGUAACGUCGACAAUUUCGACUCCGUCCCCUCGAACGCCAUCUCGCCGCACCAGGACGAUCUCAAAGUGACUCCGGGUGGUAGUGGCAACACUGGCGCUUCGCGCCCAGGCACGCCUACAGCGAAGCCUAGCGUGACAAAACCGACUUCCUUCGAAACGGAUCCCAAUCCCGCGGGCACGGUCUUCUGUGACGCACCCUACACGGCCGGCACACCGUUGGUUCAAUAUGCCCUGAUGAUCGACGCUGGCAGUACGGGUUCGCGUAUCCACGUCUACAAGUUCAACAACUGUGGUCCCUCGGCUGCGUACGAAUACGAGACCUUCGCCCAGCGCAAACCAGGACUGUCCGCGUACAAGGGCCAACCAGCGGAGGCAGCUGCCAGUUUGGACGAGCUUAUGGCUGUUGCACUGCGAACUGUGCCUCAGAAACUGCACCCGUGUACGCCCGUCGCUGUCAAGGCUACUGCGGGUUUGCGUUUGCUCGGUGUGAGCGAGAGCGCGUCGAUCCUCGCGGCCGUCAGGCAACACCUACACGACGCGUACCCCUUCCCCGUGGCACCCGGCACAGACGGUGUCGCGAUCAUGGAUGGCUCGGACGAAGGUGUAUUCGCAUGGGUCACGGCAAACUACCUGCUCGAUACCAUUCGCGCGGAUUCGCCUCCUUCCUCGGCGCCAUAUGCCGUUCUUGAUCUCGGUGGCGCGAGCACGCAGAUCGUCUUCGAGCCCGUGUUCCCAUCUGGCAACGACAAGCUGGAGGAGGGCGAGCACAAGUACGAGUUGAGGUUCGGCGGGAAGGAGUACGAGCUGUACCAGCACUCGUACCUUGGCUAUGGCCUCAUGCGCGCUCGCAAGGCCGUGCACCGACUUGUUGAGUUCAUGAACUCAGUUCGUGUCAAGCCGAGCGAUCACGGCUCCGUCGGCAACCCGUGUCUUGCGCGCGGCACGAGCCGCCUUGUUGAGGUCGAGGAUGAGCGGAGCGGCAUGGUACAUAACGUCACCAUGCUUGGCGCGGAUGUCGGCAGCUACGAGGCAUGCGAUCGCGUUGUUCAGCUCGUCAUGGCGAAGGACUCAAUCUGCGAGGUCAAGCCCUGCUCGUUUGACGGCGUGUACCAGCCUUCACUCCUGGAAACCUUCCCCCGCGGCAACAUCCUUCUGCUCUCCUACUUCUACGACCGCAUCGCACCUUUGGUUUCCUCCACCUCUGGCCUUACUGUCGGUUCCCUCGCUACCCUUGCGAAGGACGUCUGCGCCGGCGCCGAUACCUGGAACAAGAAGUUCGCGAGUGUUCCGGGCGCACUUGAGGAGUUGAACGACAGGCCCGAGUAUUGCCUCGACUUGACCUUUAUGCACGCCUUAUUGAGGUUGGGGUACGAGUUCGGUGAUGAGAGGAAGGUGGAGAUCGGGAAGCAGAUCGAGGGUACGGAGCUCGGAUGGGCGCUUGGUGCAGCUAUCGCGUUAGUUGGUGGUGAGAUCGUGUGCAAGGCGUAG